AUGGGCAACAGAAUUCAUAGAGAUAAUGAAGCACAGGAACUUGCAGUGAGAUACCCAGAAAACUCUGGCUUCGCACCAAACCAGCCUUUAAUUAUGCAAGGUCCUGAAGAAGACCAAGAUUCCACACCGCCAAUGAAUCCAAUACAAACAAUUAAAGGUUCUAGCCACUUGCACGCACAGAGUGUCAAGCUAAUUCAAGACCCCAGCAGCAAUAGCACCUAUUUCAUCACAUUUUCAUUUGAUACCAGAGUGGAUUGCACUAUAAAUGCUUAUUUUUUAGCAGCAGAGCAUUUUCUUGAAGAAGGAAAAAUCCAAUACAAUUGCAAAGAUCAACGAAACUCUCUGCCAAUGAGUUUUAACUUUGGACCUGGUAUAAAUCAAUUACACUUUUAUAAUACCUGCAGCAUUUAAAAAGAGCAACCAAUUACCUAUUUUGGCAGAAAAUACGAUAUUUAUUAUAGUAAAAUAAAUUUUUUUUCUGUUUUUUUGCAUAUUUCCUGAGAAUUUUCUGAAAAUGGAUUUUCAAAAAUACACUCAAGCAGAACUUGGGUUUGUGGACAGCAGAUACUUUCCUCUGGUUUUAGAAAUAAAGCCACAAAAUAUAAGCUCAUCAGAAAGCACACUAAUCUCAUUUAGGCAGUCUUCUGAUGGGUAUUCUCCAAAGAUAAUACAGCAAAGAGUGCAGUUUGGCGACAAGCUUUAUGAAUUGAAAGAGGUUUAUGGUUCUCCAACUAAUAGAAAUGGGAUAGACGAAGAAAAUCAGUUAUGCUCUAUAUGUUUGGAACAUAGAAGAAACACAAUUGUUAUACCCUGCUGCCAUAUGUGCUUAUGUGUCCGCUGUGGAAAUUUUUUGAGAACUCAGAUUAAUAAGAAAUGCCCAAUUUGCAGGACAGAAGCUGAUUCACUGGUUAAGGUGACUUUUGAUGAAAGAGUUUAG